AUGGUGCUGGCGGGCAAAGGGUUAAACCUCUCGGCACUGCGGCGAGUCCGAGGACUCUGGAAAGAGGAGCUACAGCCCGUGACCUUAGCCGAGCUGUGGGGGAACUCCCAUGGAACGCCAGACGAGGCGCGAUGCUUGCAAUUGGCUCGCCAAACGCAGCGGCAGAUCAAGGUGCGGCUUGCGCAGCGGCUGCAGGAUUUUCUGUUCUUGCCCUACAAGGCCAUGGCAGAUCCAGCUGUCCGGACAUUGUAUAGUAAGUACGUGAGUGCGUACACCAUCCACGAGGAGUUUGACGAUCUGCGCCGGCCCGAGGACGUUGCCAAGUACUGGAUCUCCUUGGCGGAGAUCUUUGAAGAAAACCAAAAUGUGACCACCCUGCUCGGGAUGGCGCGGAAGCGCCUCAUCCGCUUGGACACAGGUUUGGCUCCAUCCUUCGACCACUUUGUGUCAGACUUCCUUGUGUCUCGCAUUGGGACGCACCUGUUGGGCUCGGCCUUCUUCCAACAGGUGCCCACACCGGCCGGAGGCAAAAAACCGGCAGGUGUGGCCAUGGGAGUGCUACAGCCCACAAGCCCUGCAAGCUUGCUGGUGGCGUUGGUGGAGUCAUUCAAGGGCCAGCACCCUGAGCAGCCUGUGCCAGUGGACAUCCAGGGCAACACGGAGACGACGAUUCUCUACAUCCCUGGGCACUUGCGCGGCAUUUUGCGCGAGGUCCUGCACAAUGCCAUGCGGGAGACUGCAAGCCAUGCGGAGGUCUCCGGUGUGCCGCCGGCGCCGGUCAAGGUGCGGAUCAAUCACGGGAGGCUCGGGGUCUUUGUGGUGAUCAGCGAUGAAGCCGGCGGGAUCUCGGACAUGUCCAAGGUCUGGAGAUGGGGGGAGGACCCUGAAAUCGUUAUGCAAGAUGCUGAAGACAGCGAAGAUGAAUGGGAGGAUCCACAGGCGCUCAUGGCCAAGGCCCAGGUGGCAAAGGCAACAAUGCGGUUGCCGUUGGGGUUCGGCUUGCCCUUGGCCAGGCUGACCGCCCGGUACUUCGGAGGCGACCUGCGCAUGCAGACACUGCUGGGCCACGGCACCAACGCGUACAUCCACAUUCCUGAGCUGCAACAUGAUGGACACUCGAUUGGAGGAGCGCUCCAGGAGUCUCGAGUGCCAAAAGGAUGUGCUCCAGGAGUCUCUAAAUAUAGAAGGAUUGGUGGAGCAGGGCCUUUGUAG